UUGCGGUCCUCGCAAUAAUUAAAGAGUUAUUAAUUGAUUAAGAUUAGCAAAUCAGUGCGCGUCUCGCGCGCAGUAGGCGGAGUGCUCUAGGCACGGUAGCGACCUAUUAGAAAAUUUUAGGAAAGGAUGCCAGCAACACGUUAUUCUUCCUCUUUGUCGGAUAUUAGAGGUAGGCGUGGUACUCUAGACAAGAUAAAUUUUAGGAAAGGAUGCCAGCAACGCGUUAUUCUUCCUCUUUGUCGGAGGUAGGCGUUGUACUCUAGACUAAGGUAACGACCUAUUAGAAAAUCUUAAAAACUUAAUAUAAAAAAAUUAAUAUAAAAUAAAAAAUUAAUAUAAGAAAGAAAAUAUCUUGUCGCGUGUUUUUGCUCAUUGCUAGGUAAAACAAUCGUUCGUAUGCCAAGAGCACUCUGCGACUCCACGACAUGAAGUUGUGUAUUGCUUUGGUGCUCGAGACGCACUCUCAUUUAGUACUUCCUUUUACUUAGACUUAGACUUUGGACGCUCACGCGCUUUCAGCGUCAAUCUAUUAAAUGUAAAACAAAUAUAGACUGAUGUUGAAAGAGCGUGAGCGUCUAAAGCGAAUGCAGUUAUUUGGAAAAAAUAUAGGAUUUUUUUAUUCAACUUUCUAUCAUCUUACGAGCGUUAGUACUUCCAUUAUCGAAUACCCUAUACAUAGUAAUUUUUUAUAUGUGUCAUAGAUAAAUCCAGUCAUUAUUUGCAAAUGUUUUAUUCCCGUAAAAUUGUUAAUAACUCUUCCGACAUGUGCGGUGUAAAAUACGGAUGAUAUGAAAAACCGGUUUUCGAUACGGUUGAAGUAUUUCCUACUUUUUAUUUCGUCAUCGCGUAUAUUUAUGCUGGAAUAAACAUAUUCAUGGUAUGUGAGAUUGACCGUGGAAUUUAAUUCAGAUUUUAUCUGUGUUUAGACUAUAUUUGUUCUUAGAAAUUGUUUGCAGACAUUGUAACAUUUUAUACAAUUUGGGAUUUUCACUAUUCGUCCGUUGUCUAAUCGUUUUAUUAAUCUACAUUUUUAAUUUUCAUGCUUCACUCAAAAAUGUGAAGACUCUGGACAGGAUUCUUGCAACUAUAUAAGAGCCUGUUGACAAAGUUUUCUUUUUGAACCCCCUUGUAUACAGGUAUCCGCAGCGGACAGACUUCUUUUUAAACGUCGUCGGUCGACUGUCGUCCAAUAGUCUCGUCUUGCUAUUCGCAUCUGCCGCGCAUUUUAUUCGUGAAGAGUCGAGUUAAGAGUAGAAUUGUGAAGUAUCGACUUCAUUGUCCGUUCAGUGAGAUGGCCUAAAGUCAUCUGUAUAAUCAUUAAUAUUAGAUUAGGAUUUGUUUCGAUUUUCUCAGGUGAAUGUUUUUCAUUAGUGACUGUUCGAGAAGAAACAUUUAGGAUUAAUUAUUUCAUUUUGUUUCUCGAGAAAACAAAUUACGGGUAAUGACUUUUUCCUAAAUAAAUUUUCCAGAUGUGAAGACUUAAAGAUAUCUAUUAUAAUUAUAAUUCUUUUCGUGCUCUGAUAUUUCAAAAGGUAAUAAAUACAUAUUUUUUCUUCUGAAUAACAAAUACAUUAUUAUAUCGCCUGUGCGUUAUAUCAUAUGUGUCAACAAUCUUUUAAUAUUAAUUUUAUUCUGUAGACAUUAACAUUUGGGCAUGCCUCUUUGUAAAACCAUUUUGAUCAAAUCAGUUGAUUUACCAAUUAAUCAAGGUUUGUAUAUAAUAAAACUUUUAGAAUAUUCGGAGAUAUACUAUAUCUUUAUAGUAUAUAGAUUUUAUGCUAGAAAAUAUUGUUUACAACAGUAUAUGAUACUUGAUAAUAUUUUUCAUAUAUUGAAGAGAAUUUAUAUGUUUGACAAACUGAUCAAAAUGUUACGGGAUGUCUCAAUACUUACACUGUACUUUACUAUACCUUAUACCUUUACUAUAUCUUUAUUAGCAUAAUAUUAUUUAAUAUCUGUAACUUAUUUCAAAAUAAGUUUAAACUCAUUUAAGAUAAAAUUUGAAAUAUUAAUAUUUAUAAAUGCAGUGAUAUCAUCAUUAAAAACGCGUGAUUAAUUACUGGGCUCAUUAUGAAUUUCGAAAAUGCAAUCUUGCAAUUCAAGCUUUAUCACACUUCAUACUUCACCUACAGUUAUCCAACUUAGAUACAACUAAUGUUGGAAAUCUCUGUACGUCGCUAUGCUAUCAGCAUUUUCUUCCGGAACGAUCGUGCGUAGGAUGCACCAAACUGGAGUGGAAACGACGCAGUUACCAGUGACAAUUUACGAGACGUUCCUGCCGAGAAUCUUUACGGCAAGCAUAUCUUCUUCGUGAUAUAUUACAGAAAGCACGAAUCAGUAUUUCUGGAUUUCUACAUAUUCACGAAGCCGCUAAGCGAUAGCUGUUUUAAUGCAAACGAUACCACAAUAACAACUUUUGACAUGCUAAAAGACGUUUCUUCACUAUUGAAGCUCUUCAAUUGGCAGGAGAGAAAAGCAAAGUACUGUUAAUAUUUGCCAUUCGAUAGAACUCUGCAAAAACAGAAAGGAGACUUCCAUAUGUCGUAAUCAAUACAUUUACAGAAUGAUAGGAUUCUUAUGAAUUCGCAUUACUGUCUUAACAAGAAGACUGUGUCCUGCUAAGAAAUUGCUAUUUCGGCAAAAUUAAUCUUAAAUUGCAUCGCGUUAGAUUAGGGAUAAUAAUUUAUAACGGCUACGAGUUAUCUACGUGGAGAAAACAUGAAUAUACUAAAUUAAGAGAAAAAAGAGAAUACUCGAGAAACAAUAGAUACAAUCAUGCCAUGUUACGCAGUCUUCCAAAAGUCCAUAAACAAACCCAGAAGACUCAAGCUCAAGGGAUUUAAUGUCUCUUCCUAUUGCUCUACCGCUUCAAGACCUGUUUUAUCGAGCAAUUGAAGAUGCGUCGAACAAGUUUCGUGCUUUGGUGCUACGCUAGUUUGCUCGUUGUUGCACCGUUGGAGCUUCAGCAAAAUUCCACGAGCAACGAUACGACGGAACGAUAUGAACCUCUCAAGCUCAUGGAAGAUCAACGCGUCGAGACGAAACACGUGCAGGAUAAUUUGCGUGAAAAUUUUACCAAGGAUGAUAAAGAGAUGCGUCAUGAAUUCUUCACUAAUAUUACAAAAGAGAACCGCGAAGACGAUGAUGUGACAGAAUACGGACUCAACGAGGAUGUCACGAGAAACUACGAAGACGACGAUCAGAUGUUAGAUAUCAACGUGAACACUACGGAAACCAAAAGCAACAACUGUACUACAUUACACGAGCGGCAUGGAGAUCUCAAUGAAAGUAGCAAGAACGACACGGAGUGCGCCAACAGCACUUGCAUUCCACUUUGCUGUCCUCGAGGUGAUCGCCUGAUAGAGGAAACGUGCGUAGCUGGAGAAGCUAAUUAUUCGUUUCCAAUCGUCCACGGGAACACAACUAAUUCGUCAGAGAUCGAAGAAACCGUGGAUAACAAAACGUUGGACCAGAUGUUUCAUUUGAUUGUCGACGAUCCAUGCCAAAACGACCGGGUCGUGCUGAAUGAAACCAAUAAUUCUACGGACAACGAGUAUUAUUUCUUCGCCAACGGCUCUCUGUAUUAUAAGGAGUUCAUCGAUUCGAAGACCUAUUGCCUUGCUCUAGUGAAUCGGGACAAGUACGAGGUGACCAUCUGCAAGCCGAGCGGUAGACCGGCAUAUCCGAUGUUUUUAACUGCAGGUAUUAUACUGUCUGUGCCAUUUCUGUUUGCAACAGUCGUGGUGUACUCCAUUCUGCCGGAGCUUCAAAAUACGCACGGCUAUACGCUACGUGCGCACAGCGGCGCGCUAUGCAUCGCGUACAUAUCCCUUGCAAUGUACCAACAGUACACAUUGCCUCAAUUAGGAUACACCUACUGCCUUAUAUUAGGCUAUCUCUUUACAUUCUCGUUUACGGCGAGCUUUUUUUGGCUGAAUAUAAUGUGCUUCGAUAUUUGGUGGAUAUUUAGAAAGAAAACUCGCACAUCACGAGGAAACACGAAACGUCGAGGGAAAAAGGAAUUCCUAUACGCAUUGUACGGGUGGGGAUGUCCUUUUAUCCUCAUGUUCAUAUGUACCAUGAUUGAAUUCGUUCUCGAUGUGCCAGAGAAUUUCAUCCGACCAGACUUUUGCAUUCGUAAUCGUUGGUUCAGUGACAGAAUUGCUAGAACGUACUAUUUUUAUUUGCCCGUGGGUAUCACUAUUGUUUGCAACAUCUUCUUAUUUAUUUCAACGGCGGUGACUAUGGCACGCCAUAAAAAAGAUACCGAUCAAUUAAGAAGUGCGGAGAACAAAUGCCAUAAUGACAACAAGAAAUGGUUCAUAAUGUAUCUCAAAUUGUUUACCUUGAUGGGCGUCACUUGGGUUAUGGAGAUAGUAGCUGUUCAUGCAUGGUUAUUCAACUACCCACCACGAUACAUUUGGUAUCCCACGGAUAUAAUAAACGCUCUUCAAGGCGUUAAUAUCUUUGUCAUAUUCGUUUUGAAGAAGAAAAUCAGAUUGUCGUUGAUGAAACAGUUGGGUUGUCGGGACAGUGUCUUGUUCAAAAAUUCAACAAGUACUGGUGGGAGUGGUGGGCACAGCACUUCAACUUUGCAUUCUUCAUUGACGGUAUCUUUGCAGUCGACUGUUCCCUGUAGUCAGAUGGACAGCCGUAUGAAAAGUUCAUCUAAUCAAGUUGAUACCAAUAGAAAAUGACGAGAGAAGAUUUCAUGUUAUAUCAGGCAUAAGUUAAUCAAUGCCACAAUCUAAUCCACAUAUAAAUAUUUUCUAAGUACAUUCUAAGUUCCAGGUGCAUGUAUCCUGAUCACAAUGUCCAAAUUUGUUCCAAAGUUGAUCGCACCAAGUACUAAUCAGAAUCCCACUUUUGUUUCAGUGUGAUAUUAUACUUAAUUUUAUGGGUAUAAGAUCAACCAAAUUGUAAUAGAUCCUAUUUAGAAUUUUUAAAGUUGUUCCAAAAUAAAUAUAGCAUAAGUUUUCUAUUUAAAAUAGAAACAGUAAUAAUCCUGCAUAAGCUUUAAAUAAAAAAUAUUAAAAAAGUAAA